AUGAACGCCGUGAUGGACCUGACUAGAGGGUACCCAACUCCCUCAUCUGAAGUGACAGCUCCGCAAUCGCCAACUGCCCGUUCAGAGUCGGAAACUCCGUUUCAUCAUCCAUCUGGGCCUCCACCAAGAUGGUACAAGAGGAGGCCAGACAAGAGUAGAGGUAAAAGCGGGCAUCCGUAUGUGUGCGAAGCUAUGGUGAUGCAAACUCCCAGCGAGACACCUUUCAGAUAUGAGGAUAGUAAAUUCUGGCCGUUUGUCGGACCACUGAACCCCUGGAAAUUGCCAAAAAGUGUGGGAUGGGAAAGCUGGGAUGACUUUGAUGGAACAAUCGCACUGUGUGCUAAAGGCAAGGUCAUAUUAGCAAGAUGCAAGGAUGAUAACCCCUGGGAAGUAGUUUGGGAACUGGAGAUAGAUGAUUACCCGUACGCUGUCGCAUGGACAUAUCAUCCAUUCACAUGCUAUCCACUAAUAGCAACUGCCGGCGAAAAGGGCCUAAUCUAUAUCAUAAAUGCCAUAUCACGGCGGUGUGUGAGAAUAUUGAGAGGACAUGGUGGUGACAUAACGAGUCUCACCUUCCAUCCAUUACAUCCCCAUAUCCUAGCUUCCACCUCAUAUGACAAAACCACCAGGAUAUGGAAUAUCCUAGGCUCAGACCUCACUGAUUUUCCCGAGGGUGAUUCGCCAAGUAUGAACUUUCCUAUGGGUGAUGCGGACGAAGGGAAUUGUCUGUUCGCUAUACUCGCAGGUGAUUUCAAGGGGGGUCAUAGAGGUUACGUGGCAGCUGCGAACUUCCAUCCUACCAGAAAUGCGAUAGCCACCGUAGGUCUAGACCGACAAGUCAAGAUCUGGCCUUUACCAAAAUUUCCUAAACCUACUCUUAGUCCUCUCCCCACACCCAAAGGGUAUAGAGCGAAAAUCAUCUAUCAGCCGAUAUUCAGUACUACUAGAUUGCACAAAGAUUUCGUGGAUAAUGUUGAGUGGUUAAACGAAUAUAUCUUGAUUACUCGUUCCAGGAAAGAAUUCAAGAUUUGGCAAUGGCUAGGAUUUUCUAGAUAUUUCACCGAAAACGAUCCUUUACCUAGAAGUUUGGAUCCAAUAAGUCAGGAUUAUAUGGAUUCCGGAUCUUUCAUGCUGAUAUCGAAGUAUGAUAUCGGAUCCGACUGUUGGAAUAUGAAAAUGUCCUUCCAUCGACCAUUCGUCUUUCAACCGCAAGACGAGCAGGAGGAAGAAGACAAUUUGGUAUAUGGAGAUCCGUUGGUUGGUUUGGUCACGCAUAGCUCGAAAAUACCUGAAAUUGCAGUCUUAAAUCCGCUCUUAGCUCCCUCUGAAGAUGUACCUGCACCUAUCAACGAACUGAGGCCCAAAUCAAGGAGAGAGCGAGAGGAUUCUACGGCCUCAGGCUCGGAUAUGGAUGAUGAUGAAGAAGUGGAUUCAAUAGUGGAUUCAUAUUCGGAUUCCAGUAUGAACCAUCAAGAUGAUGACAUCAAUCUAACAGUGGAUGAAGAUCAAGAUGCAGUUACAGACGGACGUGUUGACGGUGACAGUACGCCAGCAGAACCAUGGCGUCUCAUACCGACCGAAUUUCAGCCAAUACGACAGAAACAUGCAAAGAAGGGAUACAGGAUAUACAACAGUUCGACCAACGUAUGUAAUGUGGCGAUCUCACCUAGAGGAGCGAAAUGGAUCGUGGGUGUCGGUGAACCUGGGACGGUGUUUGUGUGGAAGAUUGAUCAGGGUUGGAAGAUGGAGUAA